GAAGAGGCAGAUGAAGACAAUGAAAUCUGUGAUGGAAGCACUUAAAGAUAAUUUCAAUAAGACUCUCAACAUAAGGACUGCACCAGGAUCCCUUGAUCAUAUUACUGUGGUAACUGCUGAUGGGAAGCUCGCUCUAAACCAGAUUGGCCAGAUCUCCGUGGAGUCGCCACAGUUGAUUCUGGGGAAUAUGGCCAGCUUCCCAGAGUGUACAGCUGCAGCUAUCAAGGCUAUAAGAGAAAGUGGAAUGAAUCUGAACCCAGAAGUGGAAGGAACACUAAUUCGGGUACCCAUUCCUAAAGUAACCAGGGAACACAGAGAAAUGCUGGUGAAACUGGCCAAACAGAACACCAACAAAGCCAAAGAAAAUUUACAGAAGGUUCACACUAAUGCAAUGAAUAAACUGAAGAAGUCAAAGGACAAAACCUCGGAGGACACCAUUAGGCUCAUCGAGAAGCAGAUCAGCCAAAUGGCGGACGACACAGUGGCAGAGCUGGACCGGCGUCUCGCAGCAAAGACCAAAGAACUUCUUGGAUGAAAGUCAGCAGUCGCAGCCGAGCACCAGUGUCUGCUCAUGCAGUGGGUGGCAAGCGUGUGUGCCCACUGCCCUGACCA